CACUGCUCGUACCACGGUGUACGGUGUCUCGCACUUUCGUUAGUUAAACUGGCACCGAGUUAAUCUUUCCCAUUAUAAAUAGUCAUCGCCAAAGAAACGAAGAAGCAAACUGGUCUCCUGUUUCUACGGCAGAUCGGCCGGCGUCUUAUAUUGUACAUUCACAACUCGUGAAAACAUCACCGCAUAUUGUGUAUUCGCGUGGGUAAAAUCGCCGAGGUUCCAUAUAACGAGAAUCGGCCGAGUUGCGUGAAAAGGAGAAGAGCUUGGAACAACUCCGGACAGCUACCGUGACAAAGUUGGAAAGGACAGAAUGGCCGCCGUCGAGUAUUAUCAGAACGAGAAUAACGAGGAAGAGGAAACGACGCCGACGACGACGAUGAUACCCGGUGGUGGAGGUGGUCUCGGUUCGAACGCGAUCGGUGGCGUUGUCCAGCACCAGCAAGGUCAACAGGCGACCGCCGGUAUACCGGGACGUGACGACGAACGAAAGCUUUUCGUCGGCGGCCUGUCGCGUCACACGACCGACAAGGAGCUCCGUGAUCAUUUCGGUAAGUUCGGCGAGAUUGAGAGCAUAUCUGUGAAGAUAGAUCCGUACACCGGUGUAUCACGUGGCUUCGCAUUCAUGGUAUUCACCAAUCCCAAGACAAUUGACAAACUUCUUACAUCUGGUGAACACUACAUCAAUAAGCGAAAAGUUGACCCCAAGCGGGUCAGCAAAAAAGCUCAGCAUGGCAAGAUAUUUGUCGGUGGUCUUACCCCAGAAAUAACUGACGAUGACAUAAAGACGUACUUUGGGCAAUACGGUACAAUCGUUGAACUUCAGGCACCUUUCGACAAGCUUAAGAACCAGCGCAAGGGCUUCUGCUUUGUGACAUUUGAUUCGCGGGAAGUUGUUUAUAAAUUACUAAAAACACCGAAGCAGAUAAUUAAUGGAAAGGAGGUAGAUGUAAAAAAAGUCAAGGUCAAUCCCGAGGCUAGCCGACAAGGGUUUUGGGGUAAUCAGGGAUACGGCUAUUAUGGCGGUGGUUAUGGUUAUAUACCAGAGUACGCUAAUGGAUACCAGGGCGGAUACGACGAUUCCUACGCCGCCUAUGACUACACUGGUUAUGAGGGCUAUGAGAAUGCUGGCUAUUCGACACAGGCUAAGCCGCGAGGCAAUGGGCAAGGGCCGCGGCAGUUCCAGAGACACCAGCCUUAUUAGGCAUAACAGGAAACAUGUGAGAAGUCAGCUGAACUGCAGGGCAAAGGCAACAUCAGAUGUCCUAUAAAUAUUAAUUGAUAUAAGAGUAUACUCUCAAAAGUGAGUAGGGUUGGAUUGUUUUCUCCCAAGAGAUUGAUGCGAUGGUUCCCUUCUUCUUUAGGAGAACCUUGCCAACUUCUUAUUUAUCCCUUGCCACACACCUAUCCUCGUUCCUAUGCAAUGGACAGCGUCUACUUCUAUACCCAAUCGAUCCACCUAAAGGAACUGAUUAUCACAGAGUUCUUUUCAUUCACUUAUCCAUUAAAUGAGCCAAGCUGUACUGUCUACCAUAAUGACCAAACAUUCUGUGCAAAAGAUCACAGUAUAUGAUAAUUUUUUAAGGUAUAAUUUGAUUUAAUUUGGAAAAAGAAACCAUUGAGAUAAAAUCGUUUACAAUCAACUAACAAUAAUCCAAUGCCAUGGUAAAAACGCACGAACCACAUGUUGAUGUCACUUUACUCAUGCCCUUAAAACUCUUCACCUGAGAAUAUGAAGCUACCUAUUACAGGCCAAAACAACCCCUUAAAAGCACAGUUUCUAACUCGUAGAAUGAAUAAUAUUAACUGAAAAAUUAGUUGAACACUGCAAUGUAACUUGUAUAAUUAGUUUAUGUAACAAUUAGGUGCUAGGGUGUAAAAUUAAAAUAUUUCGAAAGAAAUAUACUUAUUUAUAUAACAAAAGUUAUGUAAAAAAUUCAGCAUAAAAAAAAAAAAAAAAAAACAAGGCAAGAUAGGGAAGGGGAAGUAACUGGAUUAUCUCACCUGCCAAUUAAGCUCCUUGUAUAGGCAUUAACAAAAGACAGUAUAUAAUUUAAAAUAUCAUGGUAUAAAAAAAUAGCAACUCCCAAAUAAAGUUGUAGAGUUAUGUUAAAAAAUGAAUUUGAUUCACCAUAUCCGAUACCACAAUGAGAGAUAAAGAAAAAUCGAUUUUCUAUUGUGAAUAUAAAUCUCUAUCUUGAUGCUUCUGGAUGCUUAUGCAUACCUGAGAAUUUGUGGAAAGAAUGUGAAGUGUGCGCACACAAAGUGAUGCAAUGAGAAUGAGUUACUUAAUUCAUUUCUUGUUAUAAGUACAAGGUGUGCCUGUAUUACGAGCACAUAUGACCAUGAAAUAUAGAUUAAUACUCAUUUACGAAUAUUUCUCUUUCUCUCGUUCACUCUCUCUGUAUGUAAUUCAUAAACUUUGCGCAAUUGUCUUAAAAUGAAGAAAAUUGAAUUUUCGUUUCGUCAUCGGCUACAGCGCGACUUAGCAUACGACAUAAGAACAAAAUAUUGAAUUUUUUUUUUAUUUUUUGCAAAAAACUCAUGAUAUAAAUCAUGAAUUAUUACAUUGAGCUUCGAAGUAAGACCUUUGAUUCGUCCCCCCGGCAUUUAUAAUUGCCAGUCAUGUUAAAAUACUACCAGUGGUAUUACACGGUAAUAUAUCAUAUGUAAGUAGACGGUAGUGGCGUCAAGUGAACGUAACAUAUUUUCACAUAAAAUCAUACCAAAAAUACAAUCAAAUACCACAAAACUGCAUUAUGAUGAUUAAGCAAUGUAUGAUCGUUGGGUUUGGUAGUGUAAAGGGAAUGAUGUGAACAUUGAUAAAAAGGAGAAGAAAAAAAGAUACAAACUUCAUUCAAAUUAUAUAUUGAAAGUUUGUCAUAAGUUUGUAAGGCUGACAAAGCUUUAAUUCUCGUAAAAUGGUUGCUUUGUGUAAUACAAAAGCAACAAUACAUUUGACUUGGAUUGAACAUGAAAUUACUAAAGUCGCGUUAGACGCGAACCAUGGAAUACAGGUGUUUCAUUCUAAAAUAUUCCAAGUCAAGUUAUGCUUUUGAAAUUAAUCAUGUAUACUAUGUAUACCGUAUUCUUGAAGUGUGAUGUAAAUUCAUUGAAAAAAAAAUUAUAUAUCAAACGGAGAGAAAUAAUAAAAUAAUAAUAAUAAUUGUAGCGAAGAGAUGCGUGUCGAAAGAAAUGAAAAUGAUGCAAAUAUUUUGUUACUAUUAGUUACUAUUUCGCUUGUUUCACCAUGACACAAUGUAUAUUUUAAUUAUAACAAAAUAAAAUACAGAUUGUUUGAAACGUGAA